AGACAAUAGAUGAAAAUGAAAUGAAAUGAGUGAUGCAGAUUUAGUUCCUGUGUCUCAUGAGAAGGUAUUGAAGUAUGAAACAUUCCUCAAUGAUGUGUUGAAAAGAGAGUUGGAGAGAAUCAACAAAGAAAGGGACUCAGUGUUUGAGGAACUCAGUGACAUUCUACAGUUAAGAAAUACCCUUCAGGUUCUUCAAGACACUUCUCUCUACUCGUCAGGAAAAUCCUUCAGGACUCAGGUGGACCUUGGCUGUAAUUUCUACGUGCAAGCAGAGGUGCCUGACACAUCAAAGGUCCUUGUGGAAGUUGGAUUUGGGUUCUACUUGGAGCUGACCAUCCCAGAGGCACUUGCAUACAUAGACAAGAAGGAAGCGGUGCUGAAUUGCAAGGCAGAGGACCUGGGAAAGAAAGGGGCAGAAGUGAAAGCAGACAUUCGCUUGGUGCUGGAAGGACUCGCAGAAAUCCAAGGACUCACCAUGGCAAAUUUACGGGUUCACUGCAUCUCACUCACUCUCAUUGCACUUCUCCUUUUCCAAGGCUUGGAAGGAAGUGCUGAAGAGAAAUCAGGCAGCCGGCAUGGCAACAAUUGGGCUGUCCUGGUUGACACAUCACGCUUCUGGUUCAAUUAUCGCCAUGUAGCUAAUGUUCUGUCUGUGUAUCGCAGCGUGAAACGUCUCGGGAUUCCAGACAGUCAGAUAAUCUUGAUGGUGGCAGAUGACAUGGCUUGCAACCCGAGGAAUCCAAAUCCUGCAACUGUCUUCAAUAAUGCUCAGCAGCACAUCAAUGUGUAUGGGGAGGAUGUUGAGGUGGAUUACAGAGGCUAUGAGGUGACAGUGGAGAAUUUUGUGAGGUUGUUGACUGGCCGACUGGCUGCAUCAGUGCCGCGUUCAAAGAGGCUUCUCACUGAUGAGACUUCCAAUGUUCUUGUCUACAUGACUGGUCAUGGUGGAGAGGGCUUCAUCAAGUUCCAGGAUUCUGAGGAGAUCACCAAUGUGGAAUUGGCAGAUGCUUUUGAGCAAAUGUGGCAGAAAGGGAGAUAUCGACGUCUCCUGUUUGUUGUGGACACAUGCCAGGCUGCUUCACUGUAUGAGAAAUUCUAUUCCCCGAACAUCCUGGCUGUGGCCUCGAGUCUUGUGGGAGAGGACUCCCUGUCACAUCACGUGGACUCUGCCAUCGGGGUCUACAUCAUUGACCGCUACACAUUUUACCUCCUGGAGUUCCUCGAAGGAGUGACUCCAUCGUCAAACCGCACGCUUGCCGAGUUCCUCCGGGUGUGUCCCAAGCACCAGUGCAUCUCAACAGUUGGGGUGCGGAACGACCUCUUCCCGACUGAUGAACCCCCCGAAAAGGUGAAAGUGACAGAGUUCUUCGGGUCCCUGCGCAGGGCCUUUGUCAGGUCCUUGAUACCUGAGCAACUGUUGCAAGUUGUUCUCAGAGAUGAGGUCAUGGUGAACUUGUCCCAGGAGGCACUCAACCAUGAUCCUGCGUGUAUUCCAAUUGCCACAUUGGAUUGUCCAAAGGCAUGCAGCCUGAGGACAAAUUGGGUAGAAGUUGGAAACAUCCAGGUGAAGGUCAAUGAACCCAAGCAUCCAUGGCUUGUCCCUCUCCAUUACUGUAAGAAGGCAUCCCUUGCUCAGGAUACCUCAGAAAUGGACUUGAAGCAGCGAAAAGAGAUCUCUCACAAUUCCACAGUCUUCCAUAAUCAAGCGGUGGUGCGUGCAGCAACCGAAGGCCGGAUCUUGAUCCUUGAGGGGAUGGAAAAGGCUGAGAGAAAUGUUCUUCCUGUGUUGAACAAUCUUCUUGAAAAUCGAGAGAUGCAGCUAGAAGAUGGUCGUUUCCUUAUGCACCCAAAGCGCUUCCAGGAACUGGCUGAGAUUUAUGGUGAAAAGGAAAUGGAGGAGUUGGGCGUUGUGGCUGUACAUGAGGAUUUCCAGGUGAUUGCAUUGGGUCUCCCUGUCCCUCGAUUCCCUGGGCAUCCACUGGAUCCACCACUCCGCUCACGCUUCCAGUGCCGUGCCGUCACUCCUCCUCCCUACAAGGAUCUGCUGGAGAUGGCAGUUGGGAUCUCGCCAAAUGCCUCGUCGGUCACAUCUCGACAGAUCGUGUCAUGGGCAUCCACAAUGGCCUCCUCGGAAUGGAGUGGCCUUGGGAUCCCUGACUUCCCCCUUCAUUCCUUAUCAAAUGCCUUCCACAUUCUUGAUAGGGUACCCAUGAAAGAAGAGGAGAUUCCUGGACUUCUACACCGACUCUAUCCCUGGAAACUCUUUGCAGAGGAAGGAUCUAAGGCAGUGGAGAAGUCACUGAAGAAGUUUAUAGUCCCUCCAAAGAAGCCAGAAAAAAAGGCAACAGCAGGGAAAAUACUUGUGGAGGUGACUCGAAUGGAAGAACCCGAUGGUGACUUGGGAUUUGCCAAAGUAACCUCUGGAAAUGAUGCAUUUUCUCUUCCAGUCCCUGUUGGUAGGGGUGAACUUGGCAAAGAAGCAGACAAAGGAAUUGUUGAGACAGAAGCAGUGAAGGAUCUGUUGGUUGAAAUGCUGGAGAGCCACAGUAUUGGCCAUGAUCUCCUCCUGGUUGGGCCCAGGGCAUCAGGGAAGAGCACCAUCGCAUACCGCUUUGCACAACUCCUUGGCUAUCAUGUCGAGCCUGUCCUCCUCUAUCAAGACAUGACUUCAAGAGACCUGGUCCAGGGGAGGAUGACUGAUGAGAAGGGGAACACAACAUGGAGAUUCUCAUCCUUGGUGGAAGCUGCUCUCAAUGACGCAGAAGUGAAGUGGCUUGAUGCAGAAGUCCUUUCCAUCUUUCUUACCCAUUCUAUGCCAGACUGGUCUGCAAAGUCUUUAUCUACUCUUGUCUCUUCUCUGUAUGGAGAAGUUCCUGAGAAAUGGUUCAAACUCUUGGAGUUGCGGGAAAUGUUGAGGCAAGGCAAGGAAGAUUCAAACACCAAGAGUCUAGGGGGGGCUCUGUCAUUGAGGCAAAUGCUUCGGGCUGCUAAGAUCUUCAGUGCCUUCCCCCACUCAUCAGCUGAGGACUUUGUGAAGCGCACCUGCUUAUACAAGUUCUUGCCCAUCCUGGGUCGAGAGAUGCUGGAUGACUCCCUGAAGAAGGCCAAUUUGUGUGAUCACGUUGAUGCAAGUGGAAAGGAGAUGAACUGGAGUAUCGAUGAUGGGACGUUGACAAUUGGUGAGACAAGGAUCCCAAUGAUGGAGACUGAGGGUCGGAUGCAAGUGAAGGUCCCCUCCACUCUCUUCUACGACAUCCAACAGCAAUUGGAAGUGCUGGAAGAGAUGAUAAAGGACUUUGACCGAGGAGAGCACUUGUUACUGAUGGGGACACAGGGAGUGGGGAAGAAUCGUCUCGUCGAUCGCAUGCUCUCCCUUCUUCAGUAUCCACGUGAAUACAUCCAACUCCACCGAGACACAACAGUGAGCAGCCUCACAGUGAAGCCAUGCAUAUCAGAGGGCCGAGUGUCAUAUGAGGAUUCUCCCCUUGUGACAGCAGUGCGAUUGGGUCAUGCCCUCGUUGUUGAUGAAGCAGACAAGGCACCCACCCAUGUCACCUGUAUUCUCAAGAACCUAAUCGAACAAAGGGAGAUGGUUCUGUCUGAUGGAAGGAGGAUCGUUCCUCCUGGCCACAGAGCAGAUGAUCCUAAUUGCAUCCCCAUCCAUCCCAAUUUCCGCAUGAUCAUCCUUGCCAAUCCUCCUGGCUAUCCAUUCUUGGGCAAUGACUUCUAUUCCACACUUGGAGAUGUGUUUGCUUGCCACGUGAUCGAGAACCCAGACCGGAGAUCCGAACUGGCCCUGCUGAGGGCAUAUGGGGGUGAGAACGUGGGUGAUCACGUCCUCGAGCCCCUCGUCUCCAGCCUCCAGGACCUGCGGGAGAGGAGCCAGAAGGGGGCCCUCGCUUACCCGUACUCCACACGAGAGGCUGUUGCUGUCGUCAAGCACCUAAAGAUGUUCCCUGAGGAUGGACUCAGCGGGGCAUUGAGGAAUGUGUUGGAUUUUGACCAGUGGAAUGAGGACUCUUUGGCACAAGUAAAGGAAGUCCUCAUGACACAUGGCAUUCCCUUUGGUGCUUCCCCUCAACAAAUAUCCCUUGGGACUGUAGUGGAGCUACCUCGUGCAAAAGAGAGGGGCGUGUGGAUCAUCCGUGGGGACUCUGAGGAAAGCACAAUGCCAAUCCACCUUCCUGUCUCAGUGAAACACAUGUCAUUUGAAGGGGUGACAAAAAUGAGCCUUUAUGAAGGAAAGCUGGAUCUGGUGAGUGCCCGACUGGAAGGCUUCACAGAGCAGGAGAGAUGGAUGAGGAUCCCUAUCUCCAAGCAUGACCUCAUAUGUGGUCUCACUUCCCAUCCUCCAUCAGGAAGACUGUAUGCACUGUCAGGGCAGCCCCCAGCCCUCUACGAUGCAGAUGUGAUCAGCAAACGCCUUCGCAUCUUCCGCCUUGCCGAUUUCUCUUCUGUCUAUGGGAACAUGAAGCCCAUUCUUGCUCCUUAUCUCCUUGCACAGGGGCAAAUCAUUCUCCACAAUACAAAGAACAAUGGGGUACACAUGAUGGAUGUCGAACGAGGGGACCUGUAUCGCAUCGAGAAUGCAAGCAUCCUCGAGGGGGGGAAUUCCCGCUGGGCCGGCUGGGGUCUUCCCUUUCGCUCUGACUCGGGCCUUCCCAGUGGCGGAUACUCCAUGAAACCCUGUCCCCAAGGGGGAAGCUUUUACAUCUUCCAGAAGGGAGGGGGCAGCUUGGAAUUGUUGGAUUUCACUCAGAACACAUCAACAUCUGUCUCAUUGCCAAUGACCUUGGAGAAGGUGUUCCCUCUUGGAGAUAAAGGUUGCCUCCUCCUCGGCCCUGAUGGCUCGAAAAUGCUAUUGACUUGGGAAGGUGACACAGUCAGGCUGAACUACAUCGAUGAAAUAGGAGUGUCAGAUGACAUUCACUUUUUCCAUGAAUCUCCCAUUGGUUCCUUUUUCUGCUCAAACUCAGCUGUGAUUGGCUUUGUAGAGGGAUUUCCUCCUCCCAAGAUUUCGGGAAGCUUGGAUUGUCCUGUGAGGAUUGUGGAUCGAAAGGAAAGCUCUUCAGAUUAUGUGUAUCUAUACGAUCCAGAGGAGAUGAAGCUCUUUGAGGCAUCUUCCAAGGACCUUUCUGUCAUUCACUGGAAAGAUGCAGAAAAGCGGGUCAUUGCUCGACAUCGUAUCCCUCUUCUCAUCCAGGAAUCAGAGGAGGAGCCCCAAGUCCCUCCAUUCAUUGCCCUUGUCAAUGAUGGACGAGUUGCAGCUGCAGAUGCUUCAGGAAAUGUGCACUUGUAUCAGGUUGGGACCUCUCAGAUCCAGAAGUCUCUCAAGGUGUGGAAGGAUCUUGUGGGUCAUCCAGAGAAGGGGAAGCUGAGAUGGGAAAUGAAGAGACCUAGUAGGGCAGAGGUAUCUGGUCCCAAGCACGGGAAAGUGGAUCCACAAAAUGCACCUCAUGUGGGAGGAAACACCUGGGCAGGUGGCACAGGGGGAAGAGACACAGCAGGACUGGGUGGGAAAGGAGGACCUUAUCGAUUGGAUUCUGGGCAUACUGUCUAUCAGGUCCCUGAUGAGGAGAAGGCUGCAGUUCCACUGGAGAUUCAGGCAGCUGCUCGAGAAUUGGCUCGGGAAACGUUUCGCGAUCGACUGAGAGAGAUACGUAUGAGUCCUCUGGACAUCAACGAGUACGAACGUUACAGGAAGGCUGUGGAAGGGCCCGUAAAGCGGCUCAAGAUGAUCGUGGAUUCCCUGAAAGCAAAAGAGAAGGAGAGGGAAUGGAUCAGGCUUCAAUCACAUGGGGAUCUGGAUGACACUCGCCUUGUUGAAGGCUUGACAGGAGAGAAGUCUAUCUUCAAGCGAAGGAAGGAGAAGGAGCCUGAAGUUGGAACUCCUCAGAAGAAACCCAAGCACCUGCGACUCGUGAUCGAUGUCUCAGGCAGCAUGUACCGGUUCAACGGGUAUGAUGGUCGGCUCGAGAGGGAGAAGGAGGCCGUGCUGAUGACGAUGGAAGCUCUGAAAGGCUACAUUGGGAAGAUUCGUUAUGAGAUUGUGGGACAUUCAGGAGAAGAGGUUCAUGUCCCCUUUGUGCUGGCAGACACACCUCCAAUCAACCCCAAGCAACAGCUCCAAGUUCUUCAGAUGAUGGAAGCACACAGUCAGUUUUGCUGGGCAGGAGACAACACUCUGGCAGCCCUGCGGAGGGGGAUGGAGGAAGUGGGGAAGGUGGAGGCUGACGAGCGCUUCCUCAUCCUCCUGUCCGAUGCGAACCUCGAGCGUUACGGGAUCUCCGUCCGACACAUGCGGGAUGCUCUCACGAAGCAAGAUAAUGCUUCGGCAUCGGUCAUCUUCAUCGGUUCCACUGGCUCACAAGCCCAUAGGUGGAAGGAGGGCCUCCCUCCAGGAAAGGCAUUUGUCUGCUUCGACACUUCAGAAUUGCCACGCAUUCUUCAGACCAUCUUCUCCUCGUCGAUCCUCAGAUGAUGCAUGGUGUUGCUCGCAGAAGAAUUCGUCUUUAUAUUCCCUCAAGCAAUAUUAAUUUCUAUUGCAGGUGCAACAGUCUUCCCGUCAGCCUUUCUAAUUCCGAGAGCGAUUGCGUUGAGACGUUGCGGGUAGCGACGUCAGAUGGCGGUCCUGUUGUGCCUGGUGCUGCCAUCUAUGAGAACACAACUGAAUCCUUGCUUCUCAAAAAUUCUCCAGUGUGGCAACGCGCUCAGAUGUAUUCAUGCAAUAAAAUGACUGUAUCUCAACGUUUUCUUUUAAUUACCCCAAGUGAAAACGGUCGAGCAGGACACACGUGACGAU